AUGUCUGAAGAAAACUUAAGACCAACAUACGAUGACCAACCAUCUGAAGACGCUUACAAGAGAGGCCCUCAAUACAAGAUGACUCAGGCUCGUAAAGAAGAUAUCGAAGGUAAUGACAAAGAAAAAGAGAGUGACGAACCAGAAAAGAAGAAACAACGUGUUGGAAGACCACCUGAGCUAGAUGCCAAUGGUAAUCCAAUUCCUAAGGAACCAAGAAAACCAAAACGUAAAGUUGCUGUCAUGGUCGGAUAUUGUGGUGCAGGAUACCACGGUAUGCAAUAUAAUCCUCCACAUCCAACUAUCGAAGAUGCUUUAUUCAAAGCAUUUGUUGAAGCCGGUGCAAUUUCAAAGGAUAAUUCAACUGAUUUAAAGAAAAAUGGGUUUAUGAGAGCCGCUAGAACUGAUAAAGGUGUUCAUGCUGGUGGUAACUUGAUCUCUUUGAAGAUGAUUAUCGAAGAUCCAGAUAUUAAAGAAAAAAUUAACAAAGCAUUACCAGAAGGUAUUAGAGUAUGGGAUAUCACUAGAGUUAACAAGGCCUUUGAUUGCAGAAAGAUGUGUGGUUCUCGUUGGUACGAAUACUUGCUUCCAACUUAUUCUUUAAUUGGACCAAAACCAAAUUCUAUUUUAUACAAUGAUAUUGAGGAAAGUAGAUUAGAAUUGCCUGGUAUUCUAGAUGAUGAUGCUGAAUCCAUCGAAUUUUGGAAAAAUUUGAAGAAAGAAGUUAAUGAAAAAUUCACUGAAGAACAGAUCGAACAAAUUCAAAACUAUACGCCACCACCAAAGGAUGAAUUCCUAGAAUCAGAAGCUACCUACCAAAUGGUUAAAAAAUAUAAAGCUUUAGAAUAUGCUCAUCGUAGAAAAUAUAGAAUCUCUGCUGAAAAGUUAGAAAAAUUCCGUUCUGCUAUGAAACAAUACAUCGGUGCUCAUAAUUUCCAUAACUUCACAUUAGGUAAAGAUUUCAAAGAUGCAAGUGCAAUUAGAUUCAUGAAAAAAAUUAAGGUCUCUGACCCAUUUGUAAUUGGUGAUGCGAAGACUGAAUGGGUAUCUAUUAAGAUACAUGGACAAUCCUUCAUGCUACAUCAAAUCCGUAAGAUGAUUUCAAUGGCUGCUUUGAUUGCUCGUUGUGGUACUCCUGUAGAGCGUAUAAGUCAAGCAUAUGGUCCACAAAAGAUUAAUAUUCCAAAGGCCCCUGCUCUUGGUCUUUUGUUAGAAGCACCAGUAUUUGAGACGUACAAUGAUAGAUUGGAAAAAUUCGGUUAUACUCCAAUCGAUUUCUCUAAAUAUCAAGAAGAAAUUGAUGCAUUCAAGAUGAAGCACAUUUAUGAUAAAAUUUACAAAGAAGAAGUUGAUGAAAAUGUUUUCAACGCUUUCUUUGCUUAUAUUGAUAGUUUCAACAAGGUCACUGGAGCUCAAGGUGAAGAAAGCGAAGAUAAAAAGGGUAAGAAUGUUCAAAAGAGUAUAUUUGAGUUUUUAACAGCCAGAGGUAUUCCUGACCUUGAAACAAAUGAAAAGACCAAUAAAGUAGAUGGUAAAAUUGUUGAUAAAUCAGAAGAUAAAGAAAAGAUUGAAUCUACCCAUACCACUGUAGAUGCUCAAAAUUAA